UCCCAUUUUCUUCGACAGCUGGUCUCUGCCUUUCUGAUAUUCAUCUCCUUCGCUUCUACUCUCCAAGGUGUUCGCACGCGCUCACUCCACGCCGUCACGUCGUCGUCGGCGUACACAACACCCAUCUUUCAACCAUCACCAUAUAGAAGGCUGGUCUCUUCCUACCGUUCAUUGAAACCCGUCAUCAGAUAUCGUCGGCCACAAUGGCGAUCAACGACGAAAAGAAGCGGGCCCUCGCCUUGAACCUCACCCCGGUUCGCACACCGUCGACGGACUCUUCCUCCUCGACGUCGACGGCGUCUCUCAAGCCUCCCAGGACUCCCCGAUUUGCUGAGGCCACUGCCGUCCACUCGCCCAGCGAGCCUCGCCUGAUGCCCUUCUCUACGAGGGCCGGGGCACAAAAGAACGAGGUCGGAGAUAUUGGCUUCGGCUACAUCAACGACCCCUCCGACCGCGAGUCCACGGCAGUUCCCAUGACCCCGAGAUCGCCGCUCAAGAGUGCCAUGAAGGUGCCAGGCACUCCGGGCCGAAGGCUAGACAACAUGAUGAGCCCCACGUUUCAGGAAGAGCAGAUGCUGGAUAGGAGGGAGCUGUCCACCGAAAAGGAGCAGGCAAAGGACCUGAAAAUCAAGACGAGGGUGCGCAUGGCCAAGUUUGCGCUCCGUGGCGUCAACUUCAGCUGCAGUCUGAUCAUCCUCUCCAUGGUCUCGACCUCGUUUGUCAUCUUCAAUGCCACCAAGGCGCUUCCGCAGCAAAACGGGAUGCCAGCAUGGGCCGAAAACACCAAUGCUUGGCCGCAGAAGGUUGUCUUAGGCGCUGCUUGUGUCUCUCUUUGCAUCUGUGUCAUGGUAUUCAUUGGGUACUGCCGUGGUGGUCACAUGAGGGCUGAGAAGGUUGCCGUUUACUACACUCUGUUUGCCGUCGGCUGGUUCAUCUUCAGCAUGGUUAUGUGGGCUGUGGCUGCUGGCGUCCUCCAGUUCAGCCGGAACAACAGCAACAACAAAGACUUCUGGGGAUGGUCCUGCGUGAACAAUAACCGCUCUGACAUCUUCCGGGACAAGGUCGACUAUGCUCUGAUUUGCCGUCUUCAGGACUGGUCCUUGAUCUGCAUCAUCAUCGAGAUCGUCAUCGAGGCUAUCAGCAUCACUCUCUACAGCAUCGUCUUCUACCGUUACUACUCCAAGAGGAAGCUGCACAAGUCCAUGGACAUGCGCGACAAGGCCCGUUCCGAUCUCUACCUGGCCCAGCUCCGGACACAAUCCGCCCCCAACACGCCCGGCUUUGGCCCCAAGUCGCCCGCCUUCUCGCAGUACACCAUGUCGCCCCGCUUCCCGCCCCAGGCAUACCGGUCGCUCGGAGACAUCGAAUCGGGCCCCUCUCCCUUCACCCCCGGCGGCAACCGGCUCGUCGAGCCGCAGUCCUCCUUCAGCAGCAGCAUGAACGAGAAGCCCACCUUCAAGCUCCAGGCGCCGCCGACCAGGGCCAACCCGGCGACCCCCAAGACCCCCAGCUCGGGAUCACCAACAGCAAUAACAGCACCCACCGCGGCGGCGCCGAACGUCAACGCGCACGUCCCGCUCGCGCCCGGCGAGCAGCAGUACGAUGCCGUGCCCAUCCCCGGCGCCUAUGCCGACGCGGCAGUCAAGAGCCCGCCCCCGCAGCAGACGACCUUCGGUCUGUCUCGUCCCGGCCCAGCUUACACGAGAUAGGCGGCUGCACCUGCAUGUGGGGAUGGCCGGCGGUGUUUUUGUUUCUGUACAUGGAUUUUUUCUUGUCCAGCUGAGCUGAGCUGGAGACAUUUUGGGGAUACCAGGGGCGUUUUUUCUUGUGUUUGGCGGAGUACUAGGAAUUCCUGGAUCUUGGAAGGUCCGUAAACGGAGGGUCAAACAACUUACAACUUUAAUCACGGGGAGCAUGUAUCAUUUAAAGAGAACGUUUCGCGUCGGCGGCCUGUCUGAACCGGGGGUGGUAGAAAGUGAGGUACCUUCCUUUAGAAAUGGCACUUCUUCAUCGUCUAAACUGUUGGUCAUCUGGACCGGGCUUGUGCUAUUGACUUUGGCCGGUGUGAUCGGACAACGGCACAACGUGUUGCACUUGUACCAGAUGACAAUCUCCUUAUGCCC